GAGCCGAAGCAAGCUCUUAUCUCGCUGGCUGGCUAGCUUACCCCAGCAACUCACCCUGCUGGGCGCAAAAAACUUGGAGCUUUCAAACCAGCUGAUUGAUAUCAUUCAUUCUGCUGCCUCUCGGUCGAACAAGGAUUUGCUGCAGAGUUUGCAAGCCACUGCUGAUCGCAUAUAUGAUCCCCUAGAUGGCACCCUGGUCCUUCUUCCCGCGGAGACGCAGCGGCGGCUCGUGCAGCUCCUCUACUUCUUGCCCGGCCUGCCGGCCAGCCUGCUUGCGUGCCUCAGCCGCUGCUGUAUCAUGGGCAGGGUGUCUCCCGAGCUGGCUGCCACGCUCCUUGGGAUACUCCACAUGAGAUCGUCCUUUGCAGGUUGGAAGUGCCAAGUGCAAGACAACUCGGUGAAUGAUGUGGAUUAUUUCAGCUUCUUGUUUUCAACCCUUAUAGGGUUUUCAAGAGAGGAGUUGACUAGUCUUCAGGGCAUUAGAGGAAAGCCACAUAUUAGUCAGACGCAGCUUUCACCGGUCCGUCUUUACCUAACUGAUCUUGACCAGUUUCUACACCACUGGGCUGUGACAGAGAUGGUCUGUCACAGCUUGUCCACUAUACCUUCACAAAGUCAGUGUUUCGACAUUCUCCAGACUGGCAUCUGUAAAUACCUGGUUGGAUUGGUUGUAAUACCCGAUAGCACAGCUGGAUCUGUUCUGUGUGCCAUAAAUAAGCUCUUGGAUCAAGCCUGCAUCCUAAAUGAAAACCUGCACAAGUUCUUAGCCUCUUGUUGUUACAGUCUUUUGUACUUUCUGCUAACUUUAGACAAAGAGGAUGCAGAACAUGUACAGAAAAGGGACCUGCUGUGGGGCUCGUGUGUGUCCGCGCUCGCCCUCCUGCCCCGCUUGCUGCGGCUGAUGCUGCAGAGUCUCCAAGUGAGCAGGAUCUGCCGGGAGGAGCUGCCCGUGGUUGCUCAGCUGCUUCGCUUGCUCAUGCAGCACGGUCAGCUCAGGAGCCAUAUGGUGACAAACGAAUUUCUGGUGCAACAGAUUAUCAAGGACAUCAUGACCCUGAAGAGUGGUGACAUUCAGGAGCAGUGGCUGACAGACCUCCACUACUGUUUCAACAUCUACCUGGCCUCUCAUUCCCAGGGCCCUGGCCCCAUAAACACAGUGUAUUAAAGAGGUGGAACUACAUGACUGUAAAGCAUUUAUUUCUGUUUUGUUUUGAAUAGCUGAUGUUGGAACAAAGCUUGUCAUUUUUUGUAAGCGAAACCCGGAAUAAAGAUUUUACAAAGAACUGCA